CUUCUUCACAGUUCAAUCACACAACAUAUUUUUUACUUUAUCCUUUAUCUCCAUUAAAUCUGUUUAUUUAGAGAUAAAGUUUUAUCUCUUUCUUUCUUACACCCUUUUCUUCUUAUCACAAUUUCCCAGCCAUUCUUUCCGUGACUUGAUUGGCUUAAUUAUGAAUUAAACAGAAUCUUAAAUCCCAUAUUUUAUUCACUUCUAUUCCUAUUUUUCUUUUUAAAUCAAUUUUUUAAUAUAUAUACAACAAACAUUCUGCAUUAUAUAAAACAGAGUAAAUAAUCCAGACAAAGAAAUACUUAGAACGUAAUGUUGGACGGCAUAUUUCGCAGUAAUUUCAGAACAAAAUGCAAAUCAUUGUUAACUCGGAUAAAAACUCGAUUAGAGGUGAUAAAGAAGAGACGUAAUUCAAUGCAGACAUUUCUGAAGAAAGAUAUUGCGGAGCUUUUGAAAAGCAACCUGGAUCGUAAUGCUUAUGGCAGGAAAGCUGGAGUUAGCUACUUUGCAUUCAUUUGGAAUCAUCUCGAAUUUGCAAGUUUGGCAUCUAUGGCUGAAGGGCUCUAUAAGGAGUUAGUCCUGUCUUCAUGCUAUGAGUUUGUAGGACAAUGUUGUGCUUCUAUCGCCGAAAAUCUCAAAGAAAUGCACAAGCAAAGUGAUUGCCCGGAGCAAUGUAAAGUUGCAGUGGGAUCAUUGAUAUACGCUGCAGCUAGAUUCGCUGAUCUUCCUGAACUACGCGAUCUGAGGAAUCUAUUCCAUGACAAAUACAGCAAAACAGUAGACCCAUUUGCCAGUAAAGAGUUCAUGGAAAACUUAAAGUCAAGACCUCCUACAACAGAAAUGAAGCUGCAAUUAAUGCAAGCACUAGCACAGGAAUUCUCUGUCAAAUGGGAUUCCCAACUAUUGGAGGAACAAUUGCGAAAUCCUAGCACUAUUACUCAUGAAGUUCCUGCUAAUCCUACAUCUGGAAAUGGAGAUAAUGGAGGUGCUCACAAUAAUUUGCUAAAAAACCAGUCUACCUCAGUGCAAGAAAAAGGCAAACAGGUAGAAGUAGAUAGACAGAUCAAUGAAGAACAGACUCAUACAACUAGAACAAGAAGGCGCAACUCAUGUUCGGAAUUGAAAGAAAAUAUUGCCGAGGAAUCACAGUAUUUAAGCAGCAUACAGGAAGAAACAAGGCCAGAAAACAACACUCCUUAUAGAAAGCCGUUUACCAAUCGAAUCGUCCCUGCACCAUAUAUCAGAACCAAUAACAAUAACACGAACGAAGAAAACGAUUCAUCAGGUAAAGCUAAACCGAUACCAAAACCAAGAUCAGUCAGAACGAAGUUCUUAAACCCGUCAGCAAGCACCAAUGCAACCAGCAGUACUGAACAGGAGAUUGAUCCAAGGCAAAAUUUAAGUGCUCGAGACUCACAAGCAAGGCCUAGACAUGAUCUUUUAAGCGACGAUGAAGAAAUUAUUGCUUACUUUGGUAGAAAAACAGCAGUAGAAACUGGUGUUAGUGUAAAAAAAGAUGGAAGUGAAACUCCAAAGUUGUUGGAGUUGCCUCCACCACCAGGUAAAAGAAGAUAUUUGUUUUGUGAAUCUCAAUCAGCAUCUCCUGUUACGAAACCUGAAAGUCUCAGAAGGUCAGAAAAAAGUAGUUUUGUUUCGCCUGAUCAGCCGCAAUUUGAGGCAAUUAAAGCUCCGAUUCGACAUGGAAGAUCAAAGACGACGUUUGUGAAUGAUGGGCAUCAAGUGCAUACUAGGAUGCCUGAUUUUGAUAAAUUGGCAGAAAGGAUUUCUAGUCUGAAAAAUGUGUGAGAUACUUCAUAUUGUAGGAAAGAUGAUUUUGGUCUUUCCAUUUAAAGGAACAUUAAUCAAUCUUGUUACAUUUAUGGGAAAAAGGGUGAGUAAGAAUAGAAAUUGUGGGAAGUUAUUUUUGAAUUAUUUCUCUAUAGCUUGUUUUUCUUAUCAUUUUGGAAAAAUUGUUCUAAAUAAUUCCAUAUAUUGUCCAUCUGUUGUGAAUAAUUCCUACUAUUGAUUAUUUUUAAAUAAUUCAACCUUUGUA